GAUUGUGCUAAGCGGUGCCAUGCUGCUCAUGGAGCGAAUGCUGCCGCAUAUCGUGCAGCAGCAACAGCAGCCCAGCAACCCUGCUGCGGCUGCUGCCGCUGCAGCUGCUGCUGCUGCAGGAUUUCAAAUGUUAUCACAAUUAGCUCGACCAGUGCCAUUAUUACAACAUCCUCAUUUGGGCCCUCAUUCCUUAGCCCAUCGUCAUGCCCCUAUCAAGCUGUGUACGGCUCAAUACGGCCACUCAGACGCUCAUCAGCCCCACCACCCGUUCGCCUUCUCGAUGCUGGCCGGCAGCAUCAGAGCAGACAGGCCCUGUGAUGUAGGGGGUCUUUUGAAUCAUGGACUGGGAUCACCGUACGACAGGGACUACGAUGAUAAAGACGACGACGGGAGCGACGCUGGCGACGCGGCGUCUAAGCGGCGGCGGUCGCGCACAAACUUCAACUCGUGGCAGCUGGAGGAGCUGGAGCGAGCCUUCGAGUCCUCACAUUACCCAGACGUCUUUAUGAGGGAAGCCCUCGCCAUGAGGCUGGCCCUCACAGAGAGCAGAGUUGCCGUUUGGUUCCAGAACCGUCGGGCGAAGUGGCGCAAGAAGGAGCAGACCCGCAAGGGCCCUGGCCGCCCCGCCCACAACGCGCACCCCCAGACGUGCUCGGGGGAACCAAUCCCCCCCGAGGAGCUGGCGAGGCGUGAGCAGCACCGCAAGGAGAAGAGAAUUCAGAAGCAACUCGAGCGGCAGCAGCGCAAGCUCGCCCUCAAGGGCGUCCAUGUCUCCAUCGAGCAGUUGCGCAAGGAGUACCGCGCUAACGGCGGCAAGCCUGAGCGCGAGAUCGACGUGGUCGGCGACGACGACUCGGAUGACGCGAGCAGCCAUGACGAGCGACAUUUUCAUUCGAGGCUCGAAAUGACGUCGAGUGAAAUUUCUUCCUCGUCUCCCGAUAACAACCAUUCCUCCCCGCGUCCCACAACCCCACCGAGCCCCAUAAGUCCUCCUGCUAAGCGUCCUCGUCCAUCAGCAUUUUCUAUAGCCUCCCUGCUGUCGUUAUCGGACCGACCCGCUUCCCCAUCCCCCCAGUCAUCGUCUAUAUCCCCCAACUCCCCACCCAGAGAGAAAGACUCCAACUCUCCCCCACGCUCCCCUCGCUCCCCCAAUCCUUGUGUUCAGUAUUCCCCCACUAGGAGAGCUUCUUUGUCCUCAAGUCCUCACCCCACACCCCCUUCAUCCCCGGGGGUUAGGAGGAACCAGUCUACUGAGCUUACGCCUCCCCCCGUGUGCAGUAUAGCCUCUACCUUGUCGCCUGCGGUGCAGUAAGGCUGCUCAUUUGUCUUAUGUAAAUACCUGUACAAUUCUUAUACAUCAAUAGCCGCUGCAACUACAUAGAGUAUUUAUAAUAAUAUUUAAGAAUACAAGCAUACUCCGUAACAUCGAUCGUACCCAUAAACUAGUGAACAAUCACGGGCAGUUGUCUACCAACAGCCCAUCUCAGAAUUCAGGAGACAAAAUUUCAUUUAUAAACAUUGCUAUUUAUUCGAGAUUCUACAGCAUUAGGUAAUUUUCAUAUGUAAAAUUAAAAAAGAAUUAGAAACAAACCGUCCCAACUCCUGAUAAACGUUUGAUCAUCUGCCAGUAAUUCAUCUGGCCUAACCCGUCCAUCCCAAGCCUCUCCCUUCUGUAGGAGAGGGAGUGGAGUGCACGCGUCAGCCUACACUCAGAUAAAUAACUGAAGUUUUAUCCAAAAUACACAGCGAUUUCUCGCUCUUGAGUGGGUCAUCCUGACAUAGUUUGGCUGCGGGUAAGAAAUUGUGUCAAUAUUUGGACAAUAUGACCCGUUUAAUUAACUAAGUGUAGGCAUGGUGCAGUCAGGUUACCGAACCAUGCGCUGCCAUGAGGUGUCAUGCGGUGCUCCGUGCUCUACCACCGUAGAGCGCAGCGAGGCACGCGUCAAACCAAAACUAACUUGAUAGAUCUGAAUUAAUAUCAAAAAUUUAAUCUCAACUUCAUUUAAAAAAUUGCUAAUCAUUGAAUGUGAAACUAGACUUUUAAAUGAUAAAUUACAUUUAUUUACAAUGAAUAUUCGAUGACUGAAACCAAGAAUUAAUGCUGUAAAUGUUCACCGUAUCAGCUUCAGAUAUUCGAUGACCCUGCUUUUCUAUGACUUUUAUUACUAACUUCAUUGUAAUGCUGUCUUGUUCGUAAUCUAUUGUAAGAUAUGGUGAAGUGGCGUACGCAUGUAACUAUUGUACAUAUCAAUAACAUAUCAGUGAAGGUUUAGAACGAA